AUGAACACUGAUUUGAUACAUCGGCCGAGCCCCACAGUCCUUCAAAACGCGUUUUCGCAUCCCAAGUCAAUUGAUACGCCAGAGAACUUCUCCUUUCUUAUCUUUUUUAUGACGUCAUGUGAAUGGGCACCAGCCCAAAGAAAGUCUGCUGAUAUAAAAUCAGGUCCGAGAGCUGUCCAAGGUUUCAUGCUCUUCAUAACGACUCGUACUUCCGAAAAGAGCGCUGGAACUUCACUAGUGGGAAUGAUCGGGGUUGACAAAGGAGUUGACGAACAGAAAAGGUUUCAGUGGAACAUCUUUGUGAUUUCCAUCUCACAACAAGAAGAGGUGCGGAUCCCGUCUUCUGCGGAUCGCUCAGCAAGGCUGCUAGCCGAAUAUUAUAAUCGCAGAGGUCCAUGCGGCACUUCGUUAGAAUCGUUCUUCUUUGCGUUGCUUCCAGAACCUUUUACUGCCCGUAUUUCGAAAAAAUCCUUCUGCAACACUUUUCUGCAGCUAGUGUUUGCUAUUCUUGUCUAUUUCUUGUCUAUUCUUUUCUCUGCAACAGCCUACAUCAGCAUACCACAAUACAUCCGCCAAAUUCAUCCCACGUUCGAAAAGUAUUACGAACACCGUUUCCCAUACAUACUGUUUUAUCCACCUUCCACACUUGUCAGCUCGGAAACGACCUAUCUCAUUACUUUGAGGAAAGGUGAUGGUCCUAUAUGGGGCAACCCGGUUCACUAG